AGUUGGUCUGCAACCCAUUCUCGUGGCAGCGUGGCUUUCGAGCCAGGGCCCUAUUGAUUGGGCGGUUUGAAUGCCAGUCAAGUUUCUUAGUCACCGGGGCGUCUGCUCAGCUUUUUUGGCCGCCGGCAAAAUGUGGAUGACACCGAAGAGGAGCAAAAUGGAAUUCGAGGAGACUCGGGGAUUCCGGCCCGAGUGGACCCAGCGUUAUUUGGUGGUGGAGCCUCCGGAGGGCGAAGGGGCCCUGUGCCUGGUCUGUGCCCACCUCGUCGUGUCCACUUGCGAACGCGACGUCAGGCGCCACUACGAGGCCGAGCACCAGUACUACCAGCGGUAUGUGGAGGAGGGCGAGCGCGCGGCCCUGGUGGAGCGUCUGCGGCAGGGGGACUUGCCCGAGAUCAUCCCGCCCACCCCCGAGGAGAGAGCUGCUCGUGCAGGCCUCGGGAUCGCCCGCCUCUUGGCCCUGAAAGGUCGCGGCUGGGGUGAAGGGGACUUUGUGUACCAGUUAACGGAGGUGGUGCUGAAAGAUGUACUGCCGGAUCACGUAGGCGUUUUGGGUGGCAUUGAUUUAUCUCCAGACACCAUCCGGCAGAGGGUCCUAAACAUUAACGAGAAUCUACGCAGUCAGCUUUUUAACCGAGCCAAGGAUUUUAAAGCCUAUUCCCUUGCUUUGGACGACCAGGCUUUUGUGGCCUACGAGAACUACCUCCUGGUCUUUGUCCGCGGCGUGGACCAGGACUUGGAGGUGCAAGAAGAGCUUCUGACCAUAAUCAACCUAACUCAUCACUUCAGUGUUGGUGCUCUCAUGGCGGCAAUCCUUGAGGCCCUGCAGACAGCAGGGCUUAGCUUGCAGCGAAUGGUUGGUCUGACCACGACCCACACUCUGAGGAUGAUUGGCGAGAAUUCAGGAUUGGUGUCAUACAUGAGAGAAAAGGCUGUAAGCCCCAACUGUUGGAAUGUCAUCCAUUAUUCGGGAUUCCUUCACUUGGAACUGUUGAGCUCCUACGAUGUGGACGUGAGUCAGGUCAUAAACACCGUAUCUGAAUGGAUACUUUUGAUUAAAACAAGAGGCAUCAGACGACCCGAAUUUCAGGCUUUACUAACUUCAUCUGAAUCAGAGCAUGGCGAAAGGGUUAAUGGACGAUGUCUGAACAAUUGGCUUAGAAGAGGGAAAACUUUAAAACUACUGUUUUCGUUAAGGAAAGAGAUAGAAGCAUUCUUGGCUUCUGUAGGGGCAACAACAGCCCAUUUCUCAGACCAACAAUGGCUUUGCGACUUUGGCUUCUUGGUAGAUAUUAUGGACCACCUUCGAGAACUCAGUGAACUGUUGCGAUUUAAUAGAGUCUUUGCUGCUACCGCCUUCGACCAUAUUUGUAACUUUGAAGUUAAGCUGAAUUUACUGCAGAGACAUAUUGAGGAAAAAAAUCUAACACACUUUGCUGCCUUGAGAGAAGUUGUUGAUGAGCUUAAACAGCAUGUUAAAGACGAUGAAAAAAUACUUGAUCCUAACCGGUACAAAGCGGUGAUCAGUCGCCUUCAAAAAGACUUUGAUAGACAUUUCAAGGACCUCAAGUUCAUUAAAAAGGAUUUAGAACUGUUUGCAAAUCCGUUUAACUUUAAACCUGAAUAUGCACCUAUUUCGGUGAGGGUGGAGCUAACAAAACUUCAGGCAAGUUCUGAACUUUGGGAGGAAUAUAGAAACAAAGACUUGGGACAGUUCUAUGCUGGAUUGUCUGCCGAAUCUUACCCAAUUAUCAAAGGGGUUGCCUGUAAAGUGGCAUCCUUGUUUGAUAGUAGUGAAAUCUGUGAAAAGGCUUUUUCAUAUUUGAUUCGAAACCAGCACACCUUGAGCCAGCCAUUGACGGAUGAGCAUCUCCACGCCCUGUUCAGGAUCGCCACAACUGAAAUAGAGCCACAUUGGGAUGCUCUUCUGAGAGUGAGAAAUGACCCUAAUCCAUAAGCCUGCACAGUACGACAUUGAAACACUCAACCAGAAUCCAGUUCUAAAGGCCAAAAUUUGAUUUUUCAAGUUUUACUAUUUUGGAUUGUGAGAAAACAUCAGGUUUUUUCAUUCAAAUUGAUCACAAUUCAGGUUCUUCUGACAUUUUUUUUUUCCAUCUCAAGAGGCAGCAUGGGACUGAAACAUGCAAACACCUCUUAAAAUUUAAUGGCAAAGUCAUUGUCUUUUGCUUUUAUGAUGUUAUUGUUUUUAAAGAAAUUUAGUACUGGUGAUGUGAGUUGAAUUAGAAGUAUGUUUUUAAGGUGUUUCGAAGAAAUUUUAGCUCUGAUGAAAUGUUAAAAUUCUGGUGCAUAUAGUCUGAAAUUAUCAGCUCCUUAAAUGUAUGUUUGAGCUAAUUUGCAGACACUCAGAGCAAAUUCCAAAGUUUCUGAAAAGGAAGAACGUACAUUCAGUGGAGGUACUUUAUCAGAAUGUUUGAAACUUUUUAAAAAUGUGUGUGAGUCUGAGGUAAAUAUUGACAGGUUACCUCCCUCUAACCUCCUCUCUAUCCACUCAGUGAUAAUGAUAUUUUAUUACUAGUAGAGGGUGUAAUCCAGUAAAAUUUUGGGAGCAAGAAUUAUUUUUAAGUUGCUGGUUAGAAGGCUUCCUGCAAUUUGGAGAUCAGACUAACCAAUUAUUGGAGGUUUCCCCUGAAUGAUUCACAAUUGGGUGCUGUUUUACCAGCUCGCCUAUUAAAGGACUAUGGUAAGUAUAGAAUCUUAAUGAUUGCCCAUUAGUCAUGCUUUUUUCUAUUGUAGAAAAAUGGUUGGCCCUAUCAAAAGGGAUGAGGCAAAAAGAUUUUUGCACUCUAGAAUCAGGAAGUGUGAGAUACUUUAGUUUAUUUGCCCUAUCUGCAUGGGCGUUACUGCUUUUUAAAGAAAUCCUGCUUAAAGGAUACUAUUUUAUAGUGAUAUACUAUCAGAUUUUGUUAGCUGCUUGAAAUGGAUUUGUUAGAGAAUUCAAAACUGCCCUCUUCAUUCUGUGCUUAAGACGGUGCACAAGUAGAAAUGUUUAACUCAAGAAGCAGCUUUUUUCAGGUUGUAGCAGUUUCAUAUUUCUAGUGAGCCAUCUGUUUUGUGAUAAAACAGUAAUUUUCAAAUUUAUAUUAACCGUGAAAAGGAAAUCUUGAUGUAUAGCCAAAUAUGUAAAAUGAGUUACAAACAGACCCAGUUUGUAGAUCCUCUCAAGUACGAUCUGAAAACGUGAAGUCCUAACUAUUGUAACACCUUGUUCUAUGGUCAUUAGUCCAGCAAAUUCAAGGAACCAGGAUGCAACCAAGAAUGUAGAAGGAACUGAUGCCUGAGCAAUCAAAAUAGUGCCAUAAGAACCCAAGAACCAAAAUUGUGUCAUUGGUUCUCAACCUGAGGCAAGUAAACCCUGUUUCCAGAGGAUGUUGGGACAUACAGGGGAUUUUUUUGGUUGUCACAUUUAGUAGCGGGAGGAGGUCUGCUGGCAUUUAAGUUAUAGGACAACCUGGCACACUUAAGAAUCAUCCCUUUCAUAGUGCCAGUAGACCCUCCCAGGGUAGAUUAUUUUAUUUUGAGGGAUGGGGAAAAUUACCAGUAGAAGCAAAAUUAGAAGGCCAAGUUGAGCAAACUGACAAUACUUGAGAGGGAAGAUUAAUCCCAACAUUCUGAGUUUGGUUAGUAAGAUGCAGUAAAGUCCUUGACAUGUUCUGGUGACCCACAAAUGCUAUUUAUAGCAUUUAUAAAUCAGUAAUUGAUAUUGAACCAGAAUAAAGGGCUUGAUUCUGUUAGACACAAUUCAUGGAGGGCAGAAAAACAAGAGUUAUGACAAGAUACUUACCAAGAAUGGUCAAGUUGAGAUUUUAGUUAACAGGGAGUAGGCUUAAAUUUUUGGAAAAAACAAGUACAUUGAAAAUCCAACUGAACAAAAAAAAAUCUACCGGUAAUUUUCCCAUAGUUUGGGGUAUUCUCUUUGAUGGAAAGUGCUUUAUUGAAAGGAUGAUUGGAAGACCUGAAGGCUGCUCCUGCUUUCUGACCCUGGUUCCUCAAAUAUUGCAGUCUUGUACAUUUUGUGAGUUUCUAGUAUAUAUUUUGCUUAUGCUAAUAAUAAAAUUAGUUUGCAUCAUGUAGUCAUUGAGUGGGUGGGGAUGGGAGAUAUAAGCCAAGGAUUUUAAAUUGGCCCUGAAUAAUAGAGAAUUUGCUAUACCCUAGUCUUGUUUGUAAGGGAAAAGUGUGUAUUUUACUGUUUUCUGUAUUUAGUAAUUCUGUAACCGCAUGGCAGUCUUGUUUUUUUUUUAAUAUUUUUUAUAAAGUAGUUUUUACUGGUCCUGUUGUAUCAGUGAAUAUAGUUAAAACAACUUUUUUAAGGAACUCUUAUGCCCCUAUAUUUCCCAUUCCUACUAGUGUCCUUAGAAGAUCUGUGUGUAUUCUGUUCUCCCAUGUUGUCACUCACCGCUCUACCAGGCCCACAGCGUCCCUGUGAAUGUUGUCACCCUCUGACAUCACUGACCUCUCUCCUUGAAAUAGUUGUUUGCUUUGGCUACGCAGAGAAACCAUGUCCAGGUAUGCUCGCUCAGUGUUCUUUGUAGGUACCUCUUUCCCUUCAAUAUCUGUGUUCUUGAGAUAGUUAAGUUUUGUGUUAGGCUGUCUUACUCUACAUCAUCUUCUUAGCUGAUCUCAUCUCCUUUCAUGGCUUCAGUUACCACCAGUAUGUAAGUGACUCACAAAUUUAUAUCUUCUUUCUAGACCUUUCAUAAUGCAUAUAUCUAAUUUCUAACUUGGGUCCAUUCUGCUGUCUCAUGGCACUGCAGCAUGUCAUCAGUCUUGUUCCUAAACCUGCUUCUCUCGUGUCCCCUCUUUUAAUAAAUGGCACUUCCACUACUAACUACUCAGUUACUCUUGCCUAAGCCAAAAUCUGAGUUCUCCAUGACUUUUUCCUCUUCAUACAUCCUACCAUUCACAAAAACCUUUCUGUUAUGUUCACUGUCUGAAUUUCUCUUUUUUCCAGUGCUACUAUUCUAAUUCAGGCCAUCAGUUUGCCUAAAUGGGAGCAACAGCCUCCUCAUUGGUCUCCUUUUCUCUGAUUUUGAUCCCUUUCCAACACUGCAGCCAGAUUGUUCCAAAAGACAUACCUGGUUAUAUCACUGCAUUGCUUUCCCAUUGCUCUUAGGAUAAGGUACAGUUUCUGUUCAUCUUUCAGGUCUGACUUUAUAUACCACUUCCUCCAGGUAGCCUUCAUUGAUGCCCACUAGACUAGGUGCCCCAACUGUGUACUCCCUAAAUAUCUGUUUUUUCCAUCCAUAUAUUUAAUGCAUAUUAUUGUCACUUGUUAUUAAUCACUGGUAGACUGCAAGCUUUAUAAGGACAAGGGACCUUAUGACUUGCUCACUGUUAUUAUAUCUUGCUUAGCACAAUGCCUGGUGUUUCAAUAAAUGUUUGGAUGAAUAAAUGUUUGUGUAGU